AUGUCCCUAGAGGACUCCUUAAGAUCUUUAUCCUUAGACUAUCUGAAUCUGCUGAUCAACGGUCAAGCUUUCAGCGAUGUAACCUUCAGCGUAGAGGGUCGUUUAGUCCAUGCUCACAGGUGUAUUCUUGCAGCCAGGAGCUUAUUCUUUAGGAAAUUCUUUUGUGGGCCGGACACGCCGGCGGGUCUGGACCCAUCGGGGUCGAGGAUGGGCGGCCAGGCCGGCGCCUUGGCAUCGUCCCCGAGAGGGUCAAACUCGCAGGUGAUACCAGUGAACUCGGUUGGGUAUGAAGUUUUCUUGCUGAUGCUUCAGUUUUUGUAUAGUGGACAAGUCUCAAUUGUGCCUCAGAAACAUGAGCCAAGGCCUAAUUGUGGUGAGAGAGGAUGUUGGCACACACAUUGCACCUCAGCCGUUGAUCUUGCUCUUGAUACUCUCGCUGCCGCUAGAUCUUUUGGUGUUGAACAGCUCGCAUUGCUCACUCAGAAGCAAUUGGCCAGCAUGGUUGAGAAGGCCUCAAUUGAAGAUGUCAUGAAAGUGUUAAUAGCUUCAAGAAAACAAGACAUGCACCAACUCUGGACUACUUGUUCACAUUUGGUAGCAAAAUCUGGCCUACCACCAGAAGUCCUUGCUAAACACCUUCCCAUCGAUGUAGUAGCCAAGAUUGAAGAGCUCCGCCUCAAAACAUCGCUUGUUCGAGGAUCUCUGAUGCCUCACCACCACCACCACAACCAUGAUAUCAGUGCUGCAGCUGAGCUCGAGGGCCAGAAAAUUCGCCGAAUGAGACGGGCACUCGACUCGUCUGACGUCGAACUUGUCAAGCUUAUGGUAAUGGGAGAAGGGCUUAAUUUGGAUGAUGCAUUGGCCCUACAUUAUGCAGUUGAGAAUUGUAGCCGAGAGGUGGUAAAAGCGUUGCUUGAGCUUGGAGCUGCUGAUGUUAACUACCCAGCUGGGCCAGCAGGCAAAACCCCACUUCACAUUGCAGCCGAAAUGGUGUCCCCAGACAUGGUGGCGGUCCUUCUUGACCACCAUGCCGACCCAAAUGUCCGAACUGUCGAUGGGAUCACUCCGUUAGACAUCCUUCGAACCCUAACUUCUGAUUUUCUAUUCAAGGGUGCUGUCCCGGGGCUAACUCAUAUCGAACCAAACAAGCUCAGGCUUUGUCUGGAGCUAGUUCAAUCAGCUGCUAUGGUGAUCUCUCGGGAGGAAGGCAAUGCAAAUGCGCCAGCUUCGGCUACAAUCUACCCUCCAAUGAGCGAGGAGCAUACGAGUAGUAGUAGCAGUGGCAACAUGGCCAACUUGAAUCUUGAUUCGAGAAUGGUUUAUCUGAAUCUUGGUGCAGCUGCAUCAGCUGGCCAAAUGGGGUGCAAGAUGACUGACGGAGAUGAACAUCACAGUAGCCACGGUAGCCAAAGAGAAGCUUUGAGUCGCCAUGGUUCCCAAGGUGGUUGUGAUCCAUCGAUUUAUCACCAUCAUUCUCAUGAUUAUUAG